AUGAAGCUCCUCGCAGUUCUUUCUACCGCGAUUGCUGCCGUCUCGGCUGUGCCCACAGCCGCAGCAGCGCCCAAAGUCCUGAUCUGCUCCGACAGCACGACAGCAAACUACGCCGAGGGCUCGGUUCUGCAAGGCUGGGGCUACUACCUCCACAACUACCUGACAAUCCCCGUGGUCAACCUCGCCGUCAAUGGCCGCUCAACGCGCUCCUUCAUCAACGAGGGCAAAUGGACCGCGCUGCUCGCCCAGACCAACCCGGGUGACUUCGUCCUCGUCGAGAUGGGGCACAACGACGACGUCGACCCCACCACCGACACGCGGGACCGCGGCGUGCUGCCCGGCGCAGGCAACGAGACAAUCGUCGUGACCACCGCCACUGGCGCGAAUGAAACCGUGCACACCUUUGGCUGGUACCUGCGGUCCAUGAUCGCCGACGUCCGGGCUCAGCACGCAGUGCCGGUGCUCUCCGGCAUGGUGCCGCGCAACUACUGGACCGGUGACACGCUGCAGGCGCGCUGGCCGUUCGCCGAUACCGCGCAGCUGGUUGCCCGCACCGCCCGCGUGCAGUACGUCGACCACACCAAGUACGGCGUUAAUGCGCUCCAGGCACUGGGGCCCGUGCAGGCGAAGACGUUGUUCCCGAAUGAUAACACGCACACGAAUCCGGCGGGGGCGGUGCUCAAUGCCGAGGCGUUUGUGACCGGUGUCAACCUGGUCACCCAAAGACCACUGAAGAGAUUUCUGGAAUGA